AUGCUAUUCAGCUUGGAAUGGAAUGAUUCACAAACAUUAGUUGUACGCAUUGUAGAAUUAGAAAAUUCAGCCCAAAUAGUUGGUGGAAAUAAACUUGAAAAGAAUCGAGACCUGCUAAUUUUUAAAGGCUAUUUAUACAAAUUAGAACGCUCAACUAAUGAAAAAACAAUUUGGCGCUGUAUUGAAAAUAAUAGUAAAAAAUGUCCGGGUCGAGUACAUGUAGAAAAGGGAGAAGUAACAAAAGAAAGUAAUCGUGAACAUAACCAUCGGCCGGAUCGUUCAAAAAUUGAAGCAAAACAGGCUAUUGAAAAUAUGAAAAAAAUAGCAAAAGAAAUAGAGCUGAGUUCACAAGUAGUUUUGAGUACUAUGUCGAAAGAGGUAACUGAAUCUGUCGCAAGUAAAUUAUCUGGAAUUUCUUCAAUGAAAAAAACUAUACAACGUAUUCGUCAAAAAGAAAUUAUGGCACCAACAAAUCCUAGAACAUUAGAUGAGCUAGUAAUUCCUGCGGAGUACAAAACAAUAAUUUAUAGUAAGCCAUUUUUGUUAUAUGACAGUAACGAUGAAAAAUCAGGAAAACCGCGAAUUUUAAUUUAUUCGACAGAAGAAAAUUUAAAUUUGAUAACCAAUUGUAACAAUUGGUAUGCAGAUGGUACAUUCUCUAGUGCACCAACUAUUUUUUACCAACUAUAUACCAUUCAUGGUAUACAAUACAGUAACGUUUUGCCAUUUUUAUUCGCUCUCCUUCCAAAUAAAACGGAAGAAACUUAUGUCCGUUUAUUUGAAAUAAUUUUAAAUUUAAAACUGGAACUUAAACCAAAAACUUUUAUGCUUGAUUUCGAGCUUUCAACCAUAAAUGCAAUAAAAAAGGUGUUCCCAAAUACGUCAUUACAUGGAUGUUUUUUUCAUUAUUCGCAAGCUCUAUGGAGACAUAUUCAAGAUAGCGGGUUAGCUAUUAAAUAUCGUGAAGAAUCUAAUUUCGCAUUAAACAUUAAAAAGUUAAAUGCAUUAUCAUUUGUUCCUCCGCAUUUGGUAAUUAAUGCAUACGAAGCAAUUUUGGAAACUGAGUUUUAUAUUGAAAAUGAAACCUUAUUAUCAGAUUUUUUGGAUUAUUUUGAGAGUACGUGGAUUGGGAAAUUAUGUCGUAAUUAA